CCGACAAGCCAGGAAGGUGAGCCCUGUUCACACCUCGGCCAGGCUGGGGUGGCCAGGACUGGUUUGGAAAGGCAGGGCCCCAGGCACGGGGGGCCCCGGAGCUGGCAGCCACAGCCUCCUGCCUGUGCAGGGACGUCCAGGAGCAUCUUGGGGCCGGAGCCCCUGCUGCCUGCCCUGCUGGGACUCUGCCCUCAGCCCCAUCACCAUGAAGCUCCAGGUGUUCUGGAUGGGGCUGGAAUACACCUGCCGGCUCCUGGGCAUCACCACUGCUACAGUGUUGAUCGGCGUGGGCACUGAGACCUUCCUCCAGGGGCAGUUCAAAAGCCUGGCUUUCUAUCUGCUCUUUACAGGAGCCGCCGUCUCCGUGUGCGAAGGGGCCUACUUUGUGGCUCAGCUGCUGGCCCUCUGCUUCCAGUGUCAGCCAGGGUCCCUGGCCGACAGAGCAAGGGAGAAGGCCCACUGGCUGGGCUGCUUCCAGAAGUUCCUGGCCUACAUGCUGCUGUCGGUGGCCUGCUUCCUGCACCCUGUCCUGGUCUGGCACGUGACCAUCCCAGGCUCCAUGCUGGUCGUCACCGGCCUGGCCUACUUCCUGCUGAGCAAGCGGAAGAAGCGGAAGGCGGCCCCCGCGGUGCCCGCGCCCCCGGAGCAGUACGCAGACCCCUGCGGCAGCGCCGUCAGUACCACCGGCUCGGGGGACACCGAGCAAACCUACACCUUCCAUGGGGCCCUCAAGGAGGGGCCCAGCUCCCUCUUCACCCACAUGAAGAGCAUCCUGAAGGGGGCCAAGAAGCCCACCGCCCGCCCGCCCCCGGACGCCCUGAUGGAGCUGAGCCUGGAGCCGGCCGACUCCCUGGCCAAGAAGAAGCAGGUGCACUUUGAGGACAACGUGGUCCGGAUCAUCCCGUCCCUCGCAGAAGGCCUGGACGAGGGGGGGGACAGCGAGGCAGAGGAGACCACCUCCGACACCACCCCCAUCAUCCCUCCGGCCCAGGCCCCGCUCCUCCCGUCUUCGCUCACGGCCACCGGCCUGUUCUGAGCUGCGGGCUCCAGCGGGGGCGCUUCCUGCGGGGUCUGCAGAGACCCGUGAUCCUGCCUGGAGUUUCCUGACGUCCUCGGGCCCUCCCGGGAGCUCAGGGUCUUUGCAGGUCAGGUCCUUUCGGGGUGACCUGACAUCCCGAGGCGGCUGGGCCCUCGGGAGGUGUGACAGGCCAGCAGUUGGCAGAGGCCUUGAGAGGCCCACAAACAGGGCCACCAGCUCAGGCUCCUCCCUCCUGGCCACGGGCGGGGAGACCCUUGUACUUUCCCGCAAAAGACCAUCACUGCCACUUCACACAGGCUGCAGGAGCCACUGCUUCGGCCCCAGAAGGGAGAAAAGCCUUACUCCUGAUACAGGGCCCCGUGGUCCACCCGUCUCUGACGCAACAACCGGCUCGGAAGGCCCAGGGCUGCGUGGGCAGCUGAGCCUCUCAAAGGCCGGACUUGGACCCAUGGACAUGGCUUGGGGGAGGGAGGGAGGGAGCAGCUGGGCAGCAGGCCCCAUUCUCUGCAUGCUCUGGGGCUGGGGCUGACCCGCAGGAGUUACAGAGCCGGAGCCGCCCCGAGAAACAAUGCCGCUCUGUGCUCACUGCGGGAAAGCCUGGCUGGGGGCUCCCUGCGUCCCCGCCACGUGGGCCUUUCCCAGAUGCCAAGUAGAUGAUGCAAACUGGAAUAAUGAACGCCUAUGGCUGCCUACAGCCCGGAAUGCCAGGGCACUGAAGGCAGUGAGUGCCCACUGUGAGCAGGACCAGAGGCAGUGACCUGGAGGGUCGCACACCACAGAGAAGUGGCCCUGCCGCCCUUAGGCACCUGGUAACAGAGUAGGUGGUAAAUGUUAUAUAAGUUUGUUCAAAAUGGGAGGGAGGCAGGGCAGAGGCAGGAAGAAAGGCGGGUAGGAGAAAAGUGGGCAGGGAGGCAGGUCCUCCACCAUGAGGCUACAGAAGUGACGGUUAACCCAGAAAGAACAAAGAAAUUUGAAUCAGAUAUGCUUUGUGAAAGGAUUUGCAAUAUAGUUUUACUUCUGAAAAGUGCCCUUUGGUCUGUAGGACUGUUGCCAGGAAGAGCAGACACCCUCCCAGGCCCGCGCAGUGCUGGGCAACCAGAGGGCAGAGUCCUGCCGCUCCCAGGCCGAGUGAGCGAGCCGACAGCAGCACUCUGCGGAAGGAGCUUGGACCACACGCUCCACAGUUUAGAUGAGACACCUGGAUCCCUUCCUGGACGCCUGUCAACAUCCCUUACAGGUUAUUUUGCCAAGGUGAUGGAAACAACAGCCAGCCAGAAGUUGGUGUCAGUCUGGUGCCUAAACUCCGCAGGUGGCCUCGACCAGCAGAGCUC